AAAAAUGGUUGUCAGCAAAUAACUUAAAAAAUAUAUUUAUAUUUAUAUUUAUAUUAAAAACAAUAAUAAAACGAGUAAUAUAAUAGCUAGUUUACACAUUAUACGACAUAGUGUAAUAACAUUUAAUGACAUUAUUAUAUAUCAUUAUUUAGAAAAUUAAAUAGAAUAUUAUUUUUAUAGCUACACAAACAUUAACAUAAAAUAACAACAAUAAUAAAUAAUAAUAAUAAUAAUAAUGUUUUAUUAAUAACAAUAACAACACACCAAUGAUUAAGGCCGCUAUCUGCAAAUUGUAUAAAAUAGCCCUCCAAACAGAUCAUCUCAUAUAGAGUGUUCCAGUGUCCACUUAUGCGUGUACAUCGGUCUCUUGCACACAUACGACAUACUGGCCUAUUAUAUUCGUUUUGCCAUACUUUGCUUACAAUCUCAAAUCGUUUUCUACGCGUUGACAUUCAUUUUUGUCGAAUAAAAAAAGUGUUAAUUUAUUACAAGUACAUGAUCUACUUUUUCUACAUUCCUGGAGCUCCGAAGAUUCACAGUAGAAAUCAAAGCAACAAGCAUCAAAUUAGUUCACGUUCCAGACCAGCGUUACGUCUAUUUUCAAGUUAAACCCGAUCAACAUGAUGUGUAUCAAAAAUAUAAUACUUAUCAUAAUUACAAUUAUACCUUUCACUGAAUCCGAGUUCAUUGCGUACGAUUGUGAUGGGCCUGUUCAAAAUGUCACGUCAUUUGAUAGCUUAGAAGUGGACAACUGCGAUUUUCCAGUACCAUCAAAAACACAACAGGUACCAAGAAUACAAUUACUACAGAGGAUUGAUACCUAUCCUGUUCAUUUUAAGUCGUGUUUCAUAUCAGUCGAUUAUUUAAUAACUAGAUGCUCGGUAUUUGAAGAUGCACAAUCAGUAGAGGGUGGGUAUUUUUCCGAUGUUGUUGAGUUAGGAAAUGCUCGAUGUUGGGAAAUUCAUCAAAAACGAUCCUAUACUUUUCCUCUAGGGGGUAUAGUAACGGAUUUGCAAAUGAAUGAAACAACAUUAGUUUCGCACACUGUAGCAGGAUCACUGGACAGAUUUGGAAAUUGUAAAGGGACGAAUUUUAAAUCUAAUAAAGGAGAAUGGGAGAACGCCAUAGUACAGGCUAAAUAUAAAAUAUAUUUAUCAGAAGGUACAGCAAUAGCAAAUAGUAAAGAUAACACCCUUAUUCUUCCGUCGGGUACAAAAAUGAAACUAUCUGAUAAUUAUGGUGUUGAUACGUUUAAAGGCGAAACCGUAUGGAGCAAUAAUCAUUAUAAUUGCGAAGAACAAGAUUUCGUUGUUUUAUUUGAUGGUCCAGCAUCAUUAGUUACCUCGAUCACUAACGACAACUCGAGUAUAUAUACAUAUAUUGUAGAGACAGACAAAAUAGUGUUUGCUCUCAAACAAAUUAAAAAAACAUUCGCUUGUGAAAUCCCGGUAAUUCAAACAGAACACAUGCAAUUACUUAUUCUUACAGAUGCCAUGUUUUUAAAUAAUUUUCAAACAAAAUCCAUUUCUCCGCAAAACACUGAUUUAAUUGCUUAUGUAAAUACAAAAUUUGUAUACAUUGAAAAUUUUUUUAAAUCAACAAUAACCACAUUAUAUAAUGACUUAUUACAAAAGCAAUGUACACUUGAACGACAAUUAUUACAGCAAAGGCUUACAUUAGCCUCAAACAAUCUUCCGGAGUUCGCGUAUAUUAUGGGCGGAGGGCCUGGAUUCACGGCCAUCAAGCACGCUGAAAUAAUUUAUUUAAUUAAAUGCAAAAAAGUUAAUGUCGAGGUAACUAAAACAGACUCAUGUUAUAAUGAAUUACCAGUCUUGUAUAACAACCAUACAUUCUAUAUGGCUCCAAAAACACAUACCUUGCAAAAAUAUGGAACACAAAUUAAUUGUAAUUCAAUGUAUCCACCUGCGUUCAAUUUAGAUGGUAAUUGGUAUGGAUUUUUCCCUAAUGUCCAGGAAAUAAAAACGCCACCAAAAUUGAAACCAAAUACAGCAUGGACAUGGGCAUACAAAAAUUUAGACUUUUUAAUGAAUUCCGGUUUGUAUACAAAAGAUACAAUGAAAGCUUUCCAACAACAUAUAAUAUACCCUCAAGAAGUGGACGCAGUCAAAAAUAAUUUAGUUAGACAGACCAUGGGUUAUGAUACAGUAAACCAAGGAAUACAAUUUAAAUAUUUGAUAGAUGAACACACACUUGGAAAAAUGGUGGAAGAUAAGCUAUUCAAAUUAUGGGGCUGGUUUACGACAGUUGGAACUUUUGUGUCGGGGCUAAUGGGGAUAUUCUUUGUUGCAAAAUUAAUAGUUACAACCAUCGAUGCAGGUAUUAAUAUUCAUUUUUUGUAUAAAACUUUUGGAUGGAGUACAAAGCUUUUAGGGGGUUUUUUUUCUAGUAUUACUCAUAUAUUAAUAUCUCAGUCUAAUAAAAACAUGUACAUUAAAAAUAAAGAGUUUGAUGAAGACUCGUUAGAAAUAAAAAACGUUCAACGUUAUAAGAAUAAAACCCAUAAUAUUUAUCCAAAUUUACAGCAUGAAAUGGUUUGAAACCAUCAAAAUUAAAUAUAAAAAUAUUUAUUUAAAAUUUAAGUAAUAAAAAUAUGUAUUAAUAUCAAAUGAAAUUAUUUUUUUUAAUUUGUAUAAUAUACAUGAAUUAUAUUUGUAACUAGGUAUAAAUUAUAUUGGUUAUAAUAUUGUAAUUAUAUUUUAUUAAUUGUACUGUUAUAUUAGUUGACGGCAAUAAACUAUAUUAUGUUACUUAUACCUAUUUAUUAUUAUUAAAUCGUUACAAAUGGUUUUUUAUUAUGGCAUUAAAAUAAAUACGUACAAUAGUACGUCCUAUAGUGUUAUACUUUUUAUGUUAUUACUUAUUAUAAAUUAUAAUAAUAGGUAUACGUAAUUUUAACCUUUUUACAUACCUAGAUAAUUUGUACAUAAUAUCACAUUUCAUUAAAUAGAAAUAUAUAUUCUUGUAUUUUAGGUAUUUUAUGUUAUUAAUCUAUUAUCUAUGAAUACUAAUACUUAUUUAAUGAUAUAUAAAUUGUUAAAAAAAUGUCUAAUGAUAUAAUAGUUAAUUUGUAUUAAGUUGUAUUUCAAUCAAUUAUAUAUUAUUACAAAAUAAUUAAUAUGUACACUGUUAUCGCUUAUUGGAAUGUAACAUAUUUUACGAUCAUUUAAAAUAAUUAGUAAGUAUCUAAUAAUGUAUUAAACAUAAAUCGCAUGGGUACUAGGUAGCCGCGGUUAUUACAGCUGCAUUUACCAUUUACGUGUAUAUUUACGCGCGAUCCGUCAUAGGCAAAGGUUCAGAUAAUAAUAAACGCCGCUCCCGAACAAACAAAAUCAUCGGCCGGCCGCCGGGCGCCGACUACUAGUAGUGGGCGUGGUUAAAACGUCGCGUGCUUGCGGAUCCCGAAAACACCUAACAGCGCGUUCUCUCGGCCGUUGUAUACGUUUCAGUUUUACCAGAAC